CUUAUCUACAGGGCUCUAGGACACUUCAAAUCAUAUGUUCGGAAUCGUGCCAAGCCUGAAGGUUCUAUAUGCGAGCAGUAUUUAGCUGAUGAGUGUGUAACGUUUUGCUCAAUGUAUCUGAAUGAUAUAGAGACACGAUUUAAUCGUUAUGGCCGCGUUGAUGAUCGACCUCUAGCUCAGACCAGUAUAAGACCAAAUUCAGAACUUCCAUUUAUUUUUCCAAACCUUGGAAGAUUUGUUGGAGCGGGUCAGGUUUAUACUCUUAAUCAUGUAGAGAGGCAACAAGCACAUCGACAUAUAUUGGUCAAUUGUCAACUACUUGAUCCCUUACGAGAGUACGUUUCUGUUAUUCAAAAAUAAAUAAUUUAAUUAUGGUUGAUUAAAAUUCUCUAAUAUAGAAGUUAUGAUAUUUGUUUAUUUAGGAAGUAUAAAAGUGAGCUGUGGAGUAAACCAUCUCAACAGAGCAAGAGGAGUCGUGCUAAUGACAUUGACCGAGAAAUGCAUCUUAAUUUUGCAAAAUGGAUCAAACAGAAAGUAGAGGUAAACGAGUUAGAUGGGAUAACUGAUGAUUUACGAUGCUUAGCGUUGGGUCCAUCUGAAAAAGUUGUGAAGUAUACUGCUUACAAUGUUAAUGGUUUCAAGUUCCGAACAAUAGAAAGAGAUGCUGACCUGAAAACCCAAAAUAGUGGCGUUUAUGUAGCUGCUGAGACUAUGAGUUAUGCUAGUUCUCGAGACCCUAACCCAAUAACAGGAACUGUAGCUUACUAUGGAAAUUUGGUUGAAGUUAUAGAGUUAAACUACUAUGAGGUUUUCAAAGUUGUAUUAUUCAAGUGCAAGUGGGUUGAUACUCGUACGGAACGAGGAUACAAAAUGGAUGCAUAUGAUCAUCAUAUGGUGAAUUUUUCACGUUUGUUACAUACUGGAGAUAAUGCAGAGGAUGAACCAUACAUAUUGGCGUCUCAGGCAAAGAUGGUGUAUUAUGUAGCUGAUCCUUGCAAAGAAGAAUGGAAUUAUGCAGUUCAUAUUCAACCUAGAGACGUAUAUGACAUGGGUGAUCAAAAUGAUUCAGAACAGUUUGAUGGUGAAUCUAUUCCUGGAAUUUCCGUUACUUCCUAGACAUAUGUUUACCAUGUUCGAAUAUGUGUUGGGUGCUGGUUUUCUUUUUCUAAAAUCAUAGUCUUGGAAGUGCUUUUAGAAAUGAAGCACAAUGGUGCAAUAGAUAGACAAGAGCUGGAUUUACAGCUUUGUGCCACCGUUUACUAUGUUCUAACGAUCCAAGGUAUGAUUUUAAGCUUCUUGUGUGUCCUUGUAACCUGGUUUUCUAUUCACUGACAUAUUGUGUUUGUUUUUUCUUUUCAUAGACUUUUUAAGUGAAAAUCUUUCAAAGGUCCGUGAUGAAGGAGUCGUUCCAACGGUGCAUGCCUUCAAGAACAGGUUAAGCUCUUCAAACAACAUCAGUGGCCGGAACAAGUCCUUUAAGCAAUCUCAAGAAUUUGACUGAUUUGUAAGUAGAGAUACUGUGAAGAAUUUGAUUCUUUGGAAUGAUUCUAAAAGCUUCAUAUGGUACAGAAGGCAAAGAUUGAUCAGAUAGGGUCAGACAAGUUUGACUCUUUGGUGCCACCAGUGACCAGCGGCAAGACUCCGGAGGAGGAAGCUAGUGCAGAGACGGAGGCUUCUGUGGAAGCACAAGAAGAAGUUGCCGCAGCCACCAAUCGAGGUCUAGGUUGGAGCUGGUUGAGAGAUACACUACAAAAGAUCGAGAAGAUACAAACGUACGUGAUGUUUUCGAUUUAGGCCAACUUAUUUCAUGGGCUUCUAAAUAUUCUCUUGGGAGGAACCGUCACAGAGCUUAAUCCAGUCUCCCAGAGAUCACCAUUCACAUUG